AUGCAGCAGGAAGUGAAAAAUAGUUCUGGAUCGAGAGAGGAGCUUCGUGCUGUUAGGAAAAUUUCACCGCCGAGCUCGCCGGUUACUGGAAAAAUUACAUGUUCAAAAGUCCAAUCAACAGUCAAUGCAUUCGCGUUCCCAAAGCAGCCAAAUUUGAACCGUCGAAUGUCAACAUCUGAUGUCAGAACAAGAAGGAUGAGCUUUGAUGAUUUUAAAGGCGGAAUAAAGCAACGAAGAAACUCGAACCCCGGUGUUUUUGCUGGAAAUAUCUACAUAAGCCGCCCCUGGUCUCGAAGAACAUCAUCAACAGAAGACGAAAUCAAAAACAUUAAAAACGGUGUCAUUCUUGAAGUCAAAAAUCUCUGCGCACAAAAUACAUAG